AUGGGAGCCUCCCUGUGCACGCAGAGUGAGCCGCCCACCGGCGGCCCGCAGACCAGCGUGCAUGACUGCUACUUCCCCUUGUGGGCUGUCAAGGUGUCCGAUUUCAUGCAGAUGCGCGGCCCCCCGGAGCCCCACGGCAAACUGCAGGAGAAGGGCGUGCUGCACCAAUUUCAGCCGGGCAUGUUCGUGAUCUUCGUUUCGCACCAGUGGCUCAGCUCUGCGCAUCCGGACCCCCAGGGCGAGCAGAUGAAGGUUCUGCGGGAGACGCUUGGUGGGGUGAUUGACGGGACAUUGGAGAUUACAGAAGACAGUGCGUCUCGCCACGACGAGAAGCGCCUGUCGCCUGGCACUCGGCAACAGAUCGCCGGCGGGUUUCUCUUCCUCGACUGGUUCGCGAUCCCUCAAAUCACAGCUCGGAUGCCCGGAGUCAAUGAGGAGGCCACGAAGACCGACGCGGCUCUGGCGGUUCAGAGCAUUCCAGCCUAUGUGGAGCUCUGCAAUCUCUUCCUGGCGUUGGUGCCCGAGCUGUCUCACAAAGAUUCGGGUCGGCACGUGAACUACGCCACGUGGAUGUCGAGAGGGUGGUGCCGUGCUGAGUUGUGGUGCCGACUUCUGUCAAGCAAGUCCGACACCUCUGUCAUUGUUGUGUACUCUGCCACGGACGCCGAGUUUAUGUUCCCACUGGACUGGCAGAACAGAAGCAUUGUGGAUGGGGAUUUCACUAUUGAAGCCGACCGCGCAGAGGUCGUCCGACUGGGUGAGGUGGCCGUGGAAGGUAAGAUCCGGCACUUGCAAGAGAAAGGCCCUUUAUCCCACUACCGCUUUUGGGCAGCCCUGAGCCCGAACCUCCUGCGUCGGCAGAGGAAAUGGAGACACUUGGACGAAUUCCUGCGACACUUCCAGUUUGCCAACUUGAGAGAAGCCGUGGAGGACGACACCGGCAUGAAUGCAGUCAUGUGCGCAGUCUUCUCUGGCGACGCCCACACUCUGCGACUGCUGGCAGAGAGCCGUGCAAACAUGAACCACGCCCUCGAAGGCAUGAGCAGUCUUGGGUACUUCGAUAAGCAGACGGCCCUCAUGGCAGCAGCGAAGUCGCGGCAGGAUGCUGCAGUCCUCACGACACUCCUCGAACUUCGCGCUGAUGUCAAUGCCCGCGGUAGAACUGGCCUGCAGGCGCUAUACUUCUGCCGAACACCCGAGCAUGUGAAGACACUUGUGGAACAUCGUGCAGAGAUUUCACAUGAUACGUUGAGCGGCGCUGCGUCCUUCGCCUCUGCGGAUACAGUUCAAGCUCUUAUCUCGUACCGCUGCGACCCCAGCAAGGCUUCACGCCCACUGCAUGCUGUCGCAUUGCUUUCGCGCGGCAACUGCAGGGCGGUCGAGACUGCCAAGCUGCUUUUGGCACAUCGCGCUGAUGUCAACUUGCCUUACAGGCCGCCAAGAAACCUUCUUUGGAAAACCCGAACAGCUCGUCUCCGAACAGCGGUCUUCGGAUAUUCAAACUGCAACAUGAUGACGCGCUUGUAUGCUGACUUGCCUGGCAUCUCACCCCUCGGCGUCGCGGCCCUGGUUGGGCACGAGCAGCUGAUCCAGCUCUUCUUCGAGUUUGGGGCCGAGUCCUUCGCCAACGACGCCGGCCACCUGCCCGAAGACCUGGCUCAAAGCAGCCACCACCAUCAUCUCCUACCCAUGCUGGCCACGUUCGCGGGUGCCCGGGUUGUGGCGUUGGAGCCGGCGCCACCCAACUUCCGAUACCUGCUUUGGAACUUGAAGCUCAACGGCGUGACGGACUGCGUUUGGCCUCUGAACGUCGCCGUUGGGGGGCAGCCGCUUGAGUCGAAAACCAUCCUCUACUCGCCCACGUACCCCACCUGGUCACAGCAAUGCGCAGAAGAGGACGCAGACUGCACCAGCAGCGACGGCUCGUGGCGCGGCGGGUUUGCUGACUUCCAGCUCAGCUUCGCUGUGGAGACUGUGACGUUGGCGGAAGUGAUUGCCGCGUUUGGGCUCAGCACCGUGGAUUUUCUGAAGGUGGACUGCGAAGGAUGCGAGUGGGACGUUUUCGCACCGCGCAUCUGGGAGCGAGUUCGACGUCGCGUUCGUCACGUCGCCACAGAGUUGCACGUGUGGGCACUGCCAGACAAAGCUUCUGAAGGCCUUGAAAGUGACGUGCGCAGGGCGGUUUGCGAACGCCAGAUUCUGCGAGAGAACAUCCUCUGCUCGACCCCAUGA